UCAUUCUUGACGGGCAAGAGGAGUCGGUCGUCGGUUGUUACGAACUACAUGUACGAUUUACAAUACGUUCUUAUGAGCCCUUACAAUAACAGUGCUAAUAAUUUGAUAGUAGGUGUAUUGUUAUAAUCAGCAGUUUUUUAAGCAGCUGCUGUAUCGGCUCAGCAUGACUAAAAUAUCGCCAGCAUUAUUGAAACAGUUAUGGCUGACGUUUGGCGCAUCGCUGUCAUUCCUAAUCAUAGGAUUGGUGAGGGGUUACUCCGCCUCCGCGAUCCCGUCCAUCGAGGCCACCGAUCCGGAUAUCAUACAAACCAGUGAACAGAAAUCAUGGAUAGGAGCCAUCCCACCACUGGGCGCUUUCCUAGGCAGCAUGAUAUCCGGAACUUUAAUGCAACGUUUGGGUCGCAAGCGCACGCUGCAGCUCACAUCUCCUAUCUGGGUAGCUGCGUGGCUGAUCCUGGGUUUUGCCAAGUAUUAUCCACUGCUGCUGGUGGGCAGAAUUAUCACAGGAGUCGGAGUUGGCUUCGUAUUGGCUACAGCGCAAGUUUAUGUGAGUGAAUGCUGCGACCCUGAGAUUCGCGGUCGGCUAGGAUCACUGCCGACCCUGUCCAUGUCUUUGGGGAUCCUGAUAUCAUACGUGGCCGGCAACUGGCUGUACUGGAGAUACCUGGCCUUCCUGUCUGCUGUGUUUUGUGUGGCAUUGUUCGUGGUUCUCCUACCUCUACCAGAGUCUCCCGUCUGGCUGCAGUCCAAGGGUCUGGAUGCUUCGGAAUCAAUCAAGUGGUUGCAUCUGUCGGCAAGAGCUACUGCCACUGUUAAAGAAGAUAAUCAAGAGAAAGCCGAAGCCCCAACAGGGCCACCAAGCCUGUUCACGCGUAAGGUGAUGUUUUCACCCGUGGUCCUGAAGCCCAUGAUCAUUGGGUUCGCCUUGCUACUGUUCCAGCAGUUCAGCGGCAUAGACGCCGUUAUAUUCUUCACUGUAGAGAUCUUCAGGAAUGCUGGCAGCACAUUAGACGCGAUGACGGCCACCAUUAUAAUAGGAUUGGUACAACUGCUAAGCAACGGAGUCAGUACACUACUGGUAGACCGAACUGGACGCAGACCACUGCUGCUGAUCUCUGCAGCUGUCAUGUGCGCUUCUAUGGCUUCCAUGGGAGCGGCUUUCUAUUUCCACUUGAAGGAAUCUCCGUGGCUUGGGUAUCUUCCCAUAGCCAGUCUGGUGGUAUUCAUGCUGGGUUUCUCCCUCGGGUUCGGCGGUCUCCCGUUCCUGCUACUAGGAGAACUAUUCCCGGCACAUUACCGCUCGCAGCUGUCGGCCAUGGCCAGUGCUGUCAACUUGCUGUCUAUGUUCUCCGUAAUCAAGUCGUACCAUGCCCUUGAUGCGGUACUGGGAUCAGCGGGUACAUUUUGGCUGUAUUCCUGUUUCUGCGCAGUGGCGUUUUUCUUCGUAUUGUUCAUGGUGCCUGAAACUAAAGGUAAGUCUCUAGCGGAGAUCGAGCAACACUUCCGCAGAGGAGGCAAGGAUAAGCCAGAGAAGGUUAACAUGCAAACAGUAUUGUAGUUUUAAGAUUAUAAACAUAUUUGUUGUUAUUGCAGUUAAGAAUGUGUGAUCGGUAUGAUCAAAGGUUGACAAGAAAUCUGAUAUAAAACUUGCGACUUAAUAAAACAAUUAUGUAAAAAAAAACAGUUUUAUGCAAUAUGAAAGUAAAAUCAUUUUUAGAGUGGGCAAAAAUGCCUAAAUAAAAAUUUCAGACGGCAUCGAAAAUAUACAAGCUGGGAUGGAAAAUAUUGUCAUGCGUUCUUAACUGGAUAAAAUAAAUUGGCUAGAUCUAAAAACCAUAUAAGUGCCACUUGUGAUUAUUAGUAAGAUUAGAAAGAGAUAGACAAAUCUUGUUGUAUUAUAAGAUUAGAGGUUCCAACGAAUAUAAUAGUAAUUUUAUAUGUAAGUAGCUUAAUAUAAUCCUCAUCUUCCUAUUGUUAUUAAUGUUAAGGAGACAGUAUUAAUUGGUAAAGAGUAUCAAUAUUUGUUUGUUGAUAAAGUUGAGCUCUGUUUAUAAAAACAAAAGCUGUCAAAAAGAAAGAAAAAUGUACUCUUGACUCGUGCCUUCUGUAAAAACAUUGGCAAUCUGCAUUGCUGCCUCUUGCUAAGAACUCAUUAAAUUACAAGACACGAGCUAAAUCAUAAUGCUAUUAAGUAUUUUUCAAAUUCAAUAGAUGUUCUGAAAAUAAAGUAUCACAAAUGCGUGGUUAAAAAUAAUAAAAAAUUAAAUGAAAGGAACCUAUUGACCUUUUCUUAUAUUUGUGGUCCAAACUGUCUACAACUGGACGGUAAUGUAGAUUAUUAUGAGAAUUUAAAACUAUAAUAUGUAUAUUUUGACACAAUGUAAAUAGAAUGGUAAAUAAAUAAUUUAUAGGUACAGUUAACAUCAGGAGUUCGUAUUUUUCUGUCUUGCAAAGAUCUUUCUGUUACUUAUAACAAUUUUCACAAAAUGUUUUUUCCGAUUUAUUUGUGAAAUUAUGAAGUAACGAAAUCCUGGCGUUAACUUUAGCAAGUAUUGUAGUUGUAGAUAGUACCUUUUUAACUGUGAUAGAUGGAGGUAACAGUAGGAUGAAUAUUAAUACCGUAAGACGUUAUAGGUAGUAUUAGUAAUUAUUUUGUUUUAUUUUUCAUGUUAUUAUGUCUAUUUUAAAACUGAAUGAAAACACUUGUACUCAGAUAGUGUAUCCGGUUAGACUGAAAGCCGACCUUAACAAAGUUGGGAAAAAGCUCGGGCGAUGAUGAUUUCUAACCAAAUGAAAAUAUCUAAAAAUGUUUUUUUGUGCACUGUUAGGGAGAAUUCUAUGAAAAUAUUAAUACAUUAAAAUGAAAUUGCUGAUGUCAUACUUCUGGGUAAAACAGUAUUAAAUAGAUAUAGUAAUACCGCACAAUUCUGUUACAAACAUUUCUACGAAUAUUUUGUGUAAAAGUUGACAUAAAUAAAACAAGAAUAAAAACAAUAAAA